UGUAGCGCAACAAAUUCCUGUGGCUCUUCGGGCCAAUAUGGCGCUGCUGAGAAUUCGCGUGAAAAUGUCGUAGUGCUAGCUCGGGCAGUGCGUGGACCGUGCGGCUGCGGGAAAAGCCGGAAAACUUUUCGCGGUCAAGACUCCUCGCACGCGACGUUACUGUGAAAAGCUUUUCGUGGAUAUUCCUCCACUCGGACGGCACGUAUUCUCGCCCUGAAUUUAAUCGGGGCUAGGAAUUCUUCCUGCCAGACACUGCUGCCAAGCCAAGUAAUUACCAGAAAAGAGCACGUUAAAUAUAAAUUGGGUCAACACGCGAUAUCGUAGCCCGACGAAGCGGAAGAGGAAGAGAAGAAGAAGAAGAGGAAGAGAGGACCCAAAAGAAGAAAAGAAAAAAAGCAAUACGCAAGCAUUAGACGAAAUAAAAAGAAGAUAUUCUUAAAAUGGAUAGUUCAGAGUACGAGCUAGUACGUAACAUGACGCUACUCUUCUUCUUCGAACGUUUGAUGGACAAGGGCGGUCCCCGUACGCUACACGAUCUAAGUUGUCAAUUCGGCGCCAAAGGGUUCACAAAAGAAAUGCGUCAAAUUGCUGGUGGUUCUCAAAGUGGCCUAAAAAAAUUUCUCGCCCAGUAUCCAGCUUUGUUUCUAAUCGAUGGCGACUACGUCUUCGUCAACGCCUUCCAGCCGGUCGUCGAAGAAGACAAUGGCAGUAAACUCAGUGGCAAGCGAGAUUAUGCAAGAGAGGCCGUCGAGUAUUUCUCUAAUAAGCUAAUGCAGUACGGAGUAGGUACUGAAGUACCAAUUAAAAGUCUCCUGGGGCACAGAUCACAAGCAUCCCCAGAAGUGCGGCACAUAUCCGGUCAGCACUACAAGGAAUUUCGUGACUUCCUUCUAAAAUAUCCCGAUGCUUUUGUCGUCACCGAGGACAAUGUCAUUCUAAAACAGUAUGAGGGUAUGAAGGCAGAGCAGCCGUUUAGAGAACUGGAACCGGAAAUACCAAUAGAUCCGGAAGUGACCGCAAGACUACUGGAUUUCUUUGCCCAGACCAUCGAGCAAAAGGGGCCAAUACUUGUGGAUCAAUUGUUUCAUAUGCUGACUGGUGUAUUUCCUCAGGAGACCUGGACGUCGAUGUUCAAGACACCUCAGGAUCUAUCAACCUUCCUUAAGAUGUUCUCCGAUGCCUUUCAUGUUCAGAGUAACAUGGUUACUCUGAUAAAUAAGCCUAAGAGCUUUGCGAUUGAUCCUCCUAAGGCUACAAAUCAGAACAAUAAUACUUCUAGUGCUCAGUCGUCAAUCAGAAUUGCCAGUCCUAUACAAAUUGCUUCCCAGACAACGUCCCAACCAGACUCCAUCACGUCGAAUAACUCGGCUUCGCAGCCAAACUCUCUGCAAAACGUGUCGCCAUCUUCAAAUGAAAGUAACAAUAACUCUCCACCGGUAAGUCUUCAGCAACAGACGUUGAAGCAGAGGAUCAACACCUUAGUGAUGAAGACCCUGGCAGAUAAUACUGAAAAGGAUCGCAGUCUCCAGACUGCCCAGAUGGGUGAUGCCUGGAAGCUGAAAGUACUCCAGCAGACAAGAGUAAUAGUGAAUCCUAAAGAAAGUCUUCAAAUUGUCGAGGACAUCAUAAAUCCUAGAAGGCCACCACCUGAUGGGAAAGUAGUCGUAUCCUUUGAUUGUGAGGGUAUCAAUCUGGGAGUCAAAGGCAAACUGACUCUUCUACAGAUUGGUACUAUGAGCGGCCAAGUCUAUGCGUUUGACCUCUUCACCUGUCCAAACCUGGUGCAAGCCGGAGGACUCCAGAAACUCCUAGAGAGUGAAAACGUUAUUAAGGUGAUUCAUGACUGCAGAAACGACAGCGUUAAUCUUUUCAAUCAGUUUGGCAUCACCCUCACCAAUGUCUUUGACACUCAGGCAGCGCAUGCAGUCCUCCAAUUUCAAGAGACCGGAAAACCCGUCUACAAGGUGAAAAACGUAAAUCUCAACGCCCUCUGUCAAUUAUAUGGUGCCCCAUGCAAUCCGCUUAAGGAGCAGCUUAAGAAUAUCUAUCGCAGAGACCAACGUUAUUGGUCGAGAAGACCUAUGACCAGGGACAUGUUGAUCUACGCGAGUUGUGACGUCCUUAGUCUGGUGCCCCAGAUCUACACGGCCAUGUCUAGACUGAUAAAACCAGAGUUUCAAACACUUGUCAAUGAACUCUGCGACGAGCAGGUCCAGAUGCAUAUAAAGCCUGGAGAAGUGAAGGCACGUAAGAAGCAGCGCAAGGUGGAAACGGAAGUGGCGGAUCUGCGCAAGAGGAUGGAAGAGACAACCGGAAAGAACAUUGUCCUGAGCAAUCGAGAAAUCAGGUUGCUACGUUAUCUGGCCUUGACGGAAGACGAGAAGGAGAAGCUCAAAGGAAGCUACAAGGUCGCUAGGAAACUGGAGAAACUAGAAAGCAUGGGACAGGACAAGGGCGACAGCAGCGACGAUGAUGACGAUGAGAGGAACGGGGACGCGGAGUAUCCAAGCCUGGACAGCUGCACCUCGGACAAUUCUCAUUCCGGUGGCGUGAUAUCUCCUAGGAACUCAGAACCACCAAGUCUGACGGAAUCCAUGCAAAUGGUUGACGAAAUCCUCUCGGACGGUCAAAUGGACCGAAUGGAGAAGAUUGAAAGACUGGAAGCCAUAUUGACAGCUGUCACUGGACCUACGACUGACACGCCAUUACCGGGAACCGAGAACUCCAUGUCAGUAAAGUGUUCCUGCAAUUGUCAGUCAAGCAAGUCUUCGCCCACGCAAAAAGAAAUGAAGACAAUGAAGGAAGUGGCUUGUCAGACUUUAAGCACCGGUGAUAUUGUUAUCACCAGGAUAUUCUUCACUGAGGAGGAGAAAGAACGCGAAAGACUCCUCAAUUCGCCGAAGAAGUAACAAAGUCUUAUCACGAUUUGAUAUAGAUUUUGAAAGAUUCAUUUUUUUAUACGCCGAUAAUACGUGAAUUUUGUAACCUUUGAAUCGACAAUGCGAUUCUCUAUCGGUCGAUAAAGCAGCUAACUAAAGUAACUAAUGCAUAAUACAUAAAAAUGGCGAUAGUGCCAAGACUGCAAAAGUGUUCCGUUUUAACGAAAGAGAUGAAAAGCUAUUAUAUAACAGAGAUACAGAAUGAAAUAGGACAAGUGGACGCUCCCGUAUGACAGUUAUUUAUUACUUAGGGUUUAAUUGUCAUUUGUAACGUCAAUUUUACUUUGUUAUGGAAA